CAUUCGCAUCGCCCCAGUUCUCCACUUUUUUCUUUGCACUGCACGUUCGCGCAGUCGCUCUUCUCACCUUCACCUUCUUCGCUCUCCUUCAACCUCCAUUAACCUCCAUCGAUUUCAGUCAACGGAGCCUUGUCUUGUCUUCAAUCAACUUCAGUCACUGUAGCUCUGCUUUCGGUUCUUGUUGCCGCCUUCAAUCUUUCACUGUUGAAGAGUUCUCAAACUCGCCGGAUUCUGGAGAAGCUGCUGGUUGAAGCCGAUUCCAGGCUGCUUCUCUCAAGAUCGUUAUAUACAUCUUUCAAAUACUGCGUCGCAGGGCACGACGAUGAAUCUAUUUGAAGGCAUCAUCGGUUUAUUCUGGAGAAAUGUAGGCUUAGGAAGCAAAACAAAUAUGCACCAAAGGCAUUAUUGAGGCUUCCUGUUAAUUGAAGGUUUACUUUGCUCUUGUUGCCGAUGUUUUGCUUGUUUGACUCGUGCUGAGUGGCUGGUUGAGGGAAUAUAUGUAAAGGUUGAUUCAACAUCUUUCCGCUGAACCUUACGUAAUCAAGAUGUCUGGGGUCAAUUCAUCUGCUGCACCUACUGGUGGCCAAAAGCUUUCCAUGCUUGCUGCCAAAUCUGGAUUUGUUAUCCCUAAAAACAAAUUAUCAGGCUCGUUAGUUCCAAUCUUCAAGGGGGCUAAGAAUCAUGGGGCCACUGGAACUACCAAAGAAGAAAGUUCUAAACAAAUGCAUAGGAAAACAAAAUGGGGACCUGAUCUGACACAGGAUGCAGCUGUCAGAAGGGGAAGAACUUUAGCUUUAAAGAUUCGAGUGGAUCAAAUUACACAUCAGCUAAAAUCACAAAAGUCAGAGGUUGAGGAUACUGAAGACUCAUCAUUAGAAGCUAAAAAUCUAGUUCAUAGCUACGCUGAUACUGAAAUUGACAGCAAGAAGUCAGAAAUGCUUGAGCAUGAAAAGCAGGCAGCAAUAGGUGAAAUACUAAGAUUAGAUCCAAGUUACAAGCCUCCACUUGGUUUUAAACUAUUGUUGAAAGAAGCCAGUGUCCCACUGCCUGUAAAAGAAUAUCCUAGAUUCAAUUUUAUCGGCCUAAUAUAUGGGCCUGAAGGUGAUAAUCAUAAGCGUCUAGAAAAGGAAACUGGAGCCAAGAUUGAAGUUCAUGGAAUCAAAGCAGGAGAGAAGGAUCUAUCAUCUAGAAUGACAAUAAGAAGUGCUAAGGAGUAUGAGGAGUACUUCUACUUCGAAGCCAUCACCAGAGUUGAGAUUAGACCAGGAAGUGAUUGCAAAACUUACGAAGAAAUGAAUGUGUUGGUAUCAGCUGAUUGUUUGGAAAAAGUGGAUGCGGCAGUGUCCAUCAUUGAACUGCUAAUCACCUCCGUUACUGGGAAUUUGACUUCUGCUUCCACAACUGCAAUGUCAGUUUCUGCGGACAACACUAAUAUUCCUAGUGAAAAUGUGAACCAUCGCCCUUCUCUCCCCGUUUCAGUAUCAAUGGAAAACCAGGCCAUGACAUACCCAAUAGCUGGAGUUGCACAAAUGGUUGGAGAUCAUUUUCAACACUCCGGUCAAUGGUUUUCAGCCAUGUCAUCUCAAAACCCAGUAUUUGCUUCUGGCAAUACAGCUCCUUCAAAUCCUAGGGGCCUCUCUAGACCUCUCCGUUUUCCAUCACAAUCAAUGAAUUCGUCAAAUGUCACCUCAACUUUUACCGCUCAGCAUGCAUCUGUCACUGGAUUCGACUCAGUUAUUCCAAAUCGACCUGCUGUGCAAUCACAACUAACAAGAGAACAUUUCCAGUAUUCACAUAUAACACAGACAAGUCCUGUGGGACUCACUGGACUACCAGGAAAUCCUUCUAUGUUAUCUAUGCAGACUUCAUCGAUUCUAACAAAUAUUUCAGUUUCAUUUCCAGCAAAUAUUCCAACAAAUAUUUCAGUUUCAGGACAUCAGACAUCAGUGCCUUUGAUGCCUCAAUCUAUGUCUGGUAUUUUGUCUGCAUCAGUACCUGACAAGUCAUUGACAUCUUUUGGUGCCUCUUCAGGACCAGGUGGAGCGUCUCCUGGUCCUGGCAAUAUGGAGCAACUUGCUCCAUCAAUGGUUCCUCCUCCUCAUAGACCUGUCUCUCUGCACGGACAACCUGAUGUUGCAUUUAAGCCACCAGCGUCCAAUGCAUCACAUUCUGCCACUUUUCCACCCCAUCAUGCAAGUACUCUCCCUAGAUUGCCCUCUUCUUUGGGGCCUAUGCAGCCACAAAGACCAACUUAUUCAUCUAUAAAUCAUUUAUCAGGAUCUAGUUCAUUUCCUUCACCUAAACUACCAAAUUCACUUCCGUUAUCUCAGCAGUCUGGUAUCCCUAACUUUGCAUCUGGAGCCACUUAUCAUAACGGUGGAAAUCCACCAUCUUUGUCUGCUCAAAAUUCUGGAAAUUUUACUUUCCGACCACAGCAGCCCAAUGCAAACUUUCAAGUGGUUUCCAGACACAACGCUGCUACCCCAAGUGGUGUAAGAGAGCAAUCUUUUGAUCCUCGGCUACCAUCUUUCGGGCUCCCUGUUCCUGAUCAACCUGUCAAUCAAAUCUUUCCGAGACCACAAAUCCACAACCAGGUGGAUCAAACUAAAAGUGUUCCAUAUGCUGCUCCCUUUGGAGGUGGACCUGGUGCCAUCCCAAUACCAUCCAGACACGCUGCAUUACCAUUAGCCAGUCAGCCUGAUCCUAGGUCUGCAGUGCCACAAAUGGGCAUGAGGAAUUUUUUUCCAUUCCCCCAAAUGUCAAAUUUUCCCAGUCCUGGACCUCUAAGGGCAGGAACCAUGCAGAUUCGACAGAAUCAUCCUGCUCAGAGAUGGCCGGAAAUCCCCUUGCCUCCAAAUCAGAAGUUUGGCAGCGGUCAACUGGUGGCUUCUGGUAAGCCGUUAUGUCCUUCUGACCAGAUUUAUGAUCCCUUUUCACCCACUUCUGUUGCAGCUCCACAGCAAAAAAAGAAUCCAGCAAAGUGAGGAAAAUGAACAGUGCUGACCUAUAGUUCGAAGUUAUUGUUAGUUUUUGGCUUUUAUUUUAGCAUCCUAACUAGAAAAUGGCCCGUCGUGAUGCACGACAAUUCACUUGUUUUUUAUGUUUCUCGACUUUAAGUUCAUGUGAAUAUGUAUUUUAUAUAUUUCAUGUUGAGGGGUUAAUCUCUUGAUAA